AUGCCCCAGGUGAUCUGCGACGCGGACUACAUCGUCACUGCCGCCUGCUGCAACACCCCGGGAAGCACCAACGUUCGGCAGGCAUACAAGGAGGCCGAGUUCGACCAGCUUGUCGAGGGUCUUCCAGGCAACUAUGACGUCGUGGGAGAUACGGCUUACGGGGCAACGGACAAGAUGCUUGUACCGUACCCAGGAUGCGACCUCGACGCAGACCAACAGGCCUUCAACUUCUUCCAGUCGCAAGGGCGCAUGUGCAUCGAGCAGACGUUUGGGAUCAUGGUGCAUCUGCGCAACACCGCGAGCGUUGUGCACGCUAUCACUCGGCUUCACAACUACCUCCGAAGGUGUCGUUCUGAACCGCCACCUGCCACCGCCCGGUUCUUGAAUGAGAACGGAACCAUCAGGAGCAACCGCUGGGCAACACCAUCAGACUCGCGGAACAUCAGGGAGAACAUUCGGAAUCGAACUUUCAUGCGGCCGGCGGAAAACAUCCCGCGAAACAGGCGAUGGAGGACGGCCAUCACUCGUCGUUGCACCGGCGAAUGGGCCUCACCAGAGUGCCCACUUCUGUCCGACAUCGUGGUGGGUGUACCCACCGGCGCCAACUAAUUUUUGCAUGUACUUAUGUCUAUAUUUUGACGCACUUCUGUCCAAAUUGUACCCACAUCUGUCCACUUACGGACGGCCGAAAUCGAGUGGAAAUCGAGCGGAAAUCGACCCCCACGUCACCGCACGGCAGAACAUCGAAUAGCCUCGGAAUGUCUCAGAACCUCCCAACACCGUAUCCAUGGCAUCUUUGGUAUCCAUGGCUGCCGACUGCGGACCGACCGCGGAGGAACAUGUCAGACACAUGCCAGGCCCCUUCGGUACCGGCACGGGAGGAUGCCAGGCACGGGAAGUUGCCCGCGGCAAGCCCGGCGAGCAGCGC